AUAGUAUGUAAAAUAUUCGUAAGUAGCCUAUUUAUGCCCAGAGUCCGGACUGUGUUCAUGAAGUGCGGCAUUGUCUGUCCUCACAGCAGUAGUUUUAGAAUUUGCCACCGGUACUGAGGUUAAGGGUUCGCGAUCUCUUUCAGUGUCUGCAGUGUAUCAGAGGCUUGUCAGUUUUGAAUAAAAGAAAACAAAACUAGUUUCCAAUGAAGAAGGCAGUGUUGUUUAGUUUGUGGGGUGGUGUUGUUACCCCUCAUCUUGCCCAAACUUUUCAGAAGUUUGAGGAAACCACUGGUAUUUCAAGGGGUUUCAUAAAGAAUGUGAUUGCAAAUCUUGGCAGUGAGAAUGCUUUAUAUCGCUCCGAGAAAGGGAAAAUCACCCUAACUGAGAUGAUUUCUGAGUUUGAAGCCGAGUGUCAGAAGGUAGCGGCCGAUCAGGGUCUGUCUUUACCUGCCCUAUUCUCAGCUCAGAAACUUUUCAGUGUUUUUGGUCAGGUAGAAUUCAACAAGUCAGUUCUUGAUGCUGUUGCCAUCCUUCGGCGUCACGACAUUGCUACGUGCGUCCUGGCCAAUGUCUGGGUGGAUGACACCCCUCAGAGAGAUGGCAUCGCUCAGAUUCUCUCUGUUUUGGAAAGUCGCUUUGACCUGGUUUUGCGAUCCUGCCAUGCUGGUGUCAGAAUCCCCGAGCCAGACAUCUUCAAAAAUGCCCUUGAGAAACUUGCUGUUAAACCUCAAGAAGCAGUCUGGCUAGAUGUGGAUGAAGAAAGUGUCAAGGCAGCUGAAGUUUUGGGAAUAACGGCUCUUCAAGUCAAGGACAUCACUGAGGCUCUUAAGGAAAUCCAGAAACUUACAGGAAUAGAGGUCACCAGUGACCUCCAGCCACCCUUUUGUGAUCCUGAAAAUGUCUCUCAUGGAUAUGUGAAUAUUAAGCCUGGUGUGAAGAUCCACUAUGUGGACAUGGGAGAUGGACCACCUGUUCUCAUGUGCCAUGGUUUCCCUGAGAGUUGGUUUUCCUGGAGGUAUCAGAUUCCGGCUUUGGCCGAUGCUGGUUUCAGGGUUCUGGCUCUGGAUAUGAAGGGUUACGGUGACUCCACUGCACCACCAGACAUUGAGGAGUACUCUCAGGAACAGAUCAUGCUGGAUUUGGUGACAUUUUUGGAUAAGAUGGGCAUCCCUCAGGUCACUCUGGUGGGCCACGACUGGGGCGGUUCUCUGGUGUGGAACAUGGCUCAGUAUCAUCCUGAGAGAGUGAGAGCCGUGGCGUCUCUUAACACACCCCUUUUUCCUGUGGAUCCAAAAACAAAUCCAAUGGAGAAACUCAAGGCAGUGCCGAUCUUUGAUUACCAGAUAUAUUUUCAGAAGCCUGGUGUUGCAGAGGCUGAAUUGGAGAAAAACCUUGAGCGAACCUUCAAACUUAUGUUCUAUGCAAGUACUGAGAUAGAUGCAUUUCCAAAGUUAAGCACUGCUGGAGUCUGCCAGAGAGGUGGAUUGUUUGUGGGGUCGCCCGAUGAUCCGCCCCGCAGUGCUAUUCUGAGCGAGUCUGCUCUCCAGUACUACGUUCAGCAGUACACCAAGAGCGGCUUCAGGGGUCCUCUGAACUGGUACCGUAACGGGGAGAAGAACUGGCAUUGGAUGAGUUCCAGGCCAAGGGCCAAGAUCAUGAUGCCAGCAUUAAUGGUGACUGCAGGAAAGGACCCUGUUCUUCUGCCAGUCUUUGCCACAGGCAUGGAGAAGCUGGUCCCCAACCUCGCCAGAGGCCACAUUGAGGAGUGUGGACACUGGACUCAGAUGGAGAGGCCUGCAGAGCUCAAUAAAAUCCUCAUCUCCUGGCUGAAGGAAACACACCAGAAAGCCUCUAUCCCUGUUCAUCCCAAGUUAUGAGACGAUGGUCUUGAUUUAACUAUGCGCGGGUGAAUGAACCCGCUCAGCUGAAGUGGCGCAAAUGUCCAGGCUUGCUGAUUGCAUAAUAAUUGCCCAUUGUCAUUUCAGUGAAUUUCAGUAGUCCUCUGCUUUACAUAUGAAGUCUUUUGUAAUACGCUGCACUAAUGAAGAUUUAAGGCUGUUUAUUAAGGCUAACAGGCUGUGCAAAUAUUUUCACUUGCGCAUAUUUGGUGCUUUGUACAAAUAUCACACUUUUGUAUGAACAGCAUCUGUCACUAUUUGCACCGAGACUAAACAAGAUGCUAUUUAUAUUUGGUGCAAACAGUAUCUGCCACCUUUUUUUUUUUUUUUUGCACUUAGUAUAAAUAACCUCUGCCUUUUUUUAAUGUAAUUUUGAUGAAAAUCACAUUUUAUUAUGAAUUGUUUUUAUUUACAGCUUUGCAAGAGAAAACCAAUAAAUAAUCCUUUGCUUUGUUAAAAAAAAAAAAAAAAAAGAAUCAAUAAUGCUUUCUACAAAAAUCAUCAAUAGUAUUAGGCUUGCUACAAACAUAUUGAUAUUGGUGACUGAUAUCGACCAGGCCAAUUACUGUAAUUGGCCAUUUUUUGAUUAGCAACAUCAGCAAUGUAAUUUAAUAAUUGAAUCGAACAGAACUGUGCUGGUUGGCUGUUUAACAGAAGUGGUCAUUUCUGCGUAGUGUCAGUUCUAGAAACUAAUGUCAGUGAUAUAUCACACUUUUUUUCUUUUUUUUUAUGUGUGUGUACGUUGCGUGAAAUAGUGGCUGCAGGUAUGACGUCAGAACCCAGAAGACUAAUUCGCCACUGGUUCUAUGGGGUUUUACAAUGGGCUUUUUCAAUUUAUGAGUAAAAUAAAGCCUGUGGUAAACCUAACUUGACUAUACUUUAAUAUUUUGUUCUACAACGUAAAUUACAUGCACCCAUAGUGAAAAUGUGAAUUUUGAAGCAGUUAUGUUCAUUUUUGAAAAUGUAUGUUUUUAAUAAGUAACUAGAUAAGACUGCUUGUGGUGUGAGUGUGUGCAGUGUACGCUGUAGAACAAGCAGACUAAGACUCUUAGUCAAUAAUAGUCUGAUUUCCACCUUUCAGUUAUGAAUAAACCUGAACUCUUAAAGCG